UGGGCGUAUAAAAGGGGCCUGAGGCGGGGGCUCCCGAGCAUUCCCCGGAGCGGGCACCAGGGACCAGUCGCAGCAUGACGGGCAAAGCGGGCGACGCGCUCGCCCACAGCCUGCCCGCCAAACUCAAAGCCCCCGACGGCGCGCCGCCUGCUCCGCCGCCGCCCACAGCCUCGGGCCCCCCAGGGGCGGCAGGGGCCCCGGUGGGCUCCGUAGCCGCGGGGGCCAAGCCCGUCUCGGGCCCCGCGGCGCCUCGCUGCACCGGCUUCGGCAUCCAGGAGAUCCUGGGCUUGAACAAGGAGCCGCCUUCGCACCCUCGCGCGGCCCUGGACUCGUUGCCCGCCGGCCACCUGCUGGCGGCCCGCUCCGUGCUCAGCCCCGCCGGGGUGGGCGGCAUGGGCAUGGGCUUGCUCGGCGCCGGCAGCCUGCCCGGCUUCUACGCGCAGCCCACCUUCCUGGAGGUGCUGGCCGACCCGCCCGGCGUCCACCUGCAGCCGCUGGGCCGAGGCCCCGCGCAGCUCGACACCAGCCAGACGGCCAGCUCAGAUUCCGAGGAUGUUUCGUCCAGCGACAGAAAGAUGUCCAAAUCCUCGUUAAGCCAGAGCAAGAAGCGGAAGAAGAGGCGGCACAGGACAAUUUUCACAUCCUAUCAACUGGAGGAACUGGAAAAAGCAUUCAAUGAGGCCCAUUAUCCUGAUGUCUAUGCGAGGGAGAUGCUGGCAAUGAAAACAGAACUUCCUGAAGACAGGAUACAGGUUUGGUUUCAGAACCGAAGGGCCAAAUGGCGGAAGAGGGAGAAAUGCUGGGGCAGAAGCAGUGUAAUGGCAGAAUAUGGGCUGUAUGGUGCAAUGGUACGUCACUCCAUCCCACUGCCAGAAUCCAUCCUCAAAUCGGCCAAGGAUGGCAUAAUGGAAUCCUGCGCUCCUUGGCUGUUGGUUCAAGAUGGCUUUCCCAUGCCCAGGCGCUUUUCUAAACCCGAAUACCAACAAUUCUUUUUAGGGAUGCACAAAAAAUCUCUGGAAGCAGCGGCUGAGGCAGGAAGGAAGCCAGAGGUGGAACGCCAGGCUCUGCCCAAGCUUGACAAGAGUGACAAGGAAGAAAGGGGCCCUGACUCCAAAACCACCAUUUCCCAGGAGGAACUGAGAGAGAACAGCAUUGCUGCCCUCAGGGCCAAAGCUCAGGAGCACAGCACCAAAGUCCUGGGGACCAUCCCUGGAGACCCUCCUACGUCAAUCAGGAAGCCAGAGAAAGAGGAAGAGGCAGCCACAGCAGAGGAUGAACGGCAAAUGGAAAAGUCAGAUUUAUCACAAGAGGAAGAUAAGCUGAUUUAGAAGGAAGGGGAUGAUAGGAAUCAGCCAUCCCUUCUAAGAUUGACUCCUCUAGGAGCUACAACCUCCUCUCAGACUAACAGGGCCCCUCCUGCAGCCCCUACACACAUGGAGGUAGGCCCCACUUGGUCUCUGUACAUUCCAGGAAGCCACGGCUAAGGCCACGUUCCGUCAGGUGUGUCUAUAGAGACUGGUUUCCCUCGGGAGCAUAUUGCCCCUGCAGUCCCUGUCCUCAGGAGCACUCUCGCUCUACGUCCCCGCAUUUCAAGGAAAAGGGAGGUGGGAAUCAUGUACCGUCUUAGUCGGAGUGGUAAAUCAAGCUAGGAUUUUUUCCCUCAACACCAGCCAUUAAACCAACGUUGGGUCUUUUCCCGUUUUCCCCCUUAUUCAAUCUCUGUUGUCCCAUUCUCAUCCUCAUCUUAAAAAGAAGUCUUUCUGUCAUUUCACCAUACCACAGGCAGUCUCUUUCUCCUUGUCUCAGUCAGGUUGUUAGCUUUUUCAGAAGAAGAAUUACCUUUUCUUUUUAUAUGUUAAUGUAUACAUGUAUUGAACUGCCCAUUGCUUAGCAUUGAGGCCAAGUUUUGUUUUUUAAAAAAAGGAAGCCAGCCACUCCUUUCUCCAAAAGUCAGGCCAAAUUUAAAACUGGCCAGGUGGCAAUCCUACCUCAGAUCAAGUCUCUUUCUCACUGCGGUAUCAACAUUGUUGUUGAUUAAAGAGGCCCAGGCACCCUUCCAGUGCAAUGUGAAUUUUCCGUGGAGAGUAUACACCCCUGUUGUGACUUGUUUAUGGCACCCAGACUGCUACAUUCCAGAAUCCUGACCUGCUCUCCUCAGGUGUCUAUGCCGUUUUCUGUUUUAGCCCAGAUUGUUCAAGGAAAAUUCUGUUAAAACUAUUACCUAUGGCAUUGAGUUGAUUCUUACAGUCGUUUGACUCUUCCAUAAAAGUCUUUCCUAAAGGAGGCCUCAUUUGUUCUGAAAUGGAAAAGGAGCAAUUAAUUACUGAAAAGAGAAGUAUACUAUGGUUGCUCGGGUAUUUUAUAUUGUCUGAGGUGGAAGCCUUGCCUCCUCGUUCCAAUUUGGGAUGUAAGAUCUGAUAGGGUUAGGUGGUCGUGAGAAAAAUGCACUCUGAAUACACUCAUGUCACAUAACAUAUUCUAGGAGUUACAUGUAGCAUUUAAUAUCAGCCAGGGCUUUGCCCUUGUGAACCUUGGCUCAGUUUAAGUCAGGGCUGGAGUCUAAACAGUUGGUUCAUGUUUCUCCAAUAGAAGUCAAUAAUAAAUGGAGAAUCACAGCCAUCCUACCAGUAGCCAAAUUGAUAGGGGAGGGACAUUACCGGUAAGUUUUUCACCUGCGUUUUAGAAUACUAAGAGUCCGAGAGAUGUGCUUAGGUCAGCGCUUGGCUCUCAGAUGAAAGUGAGAACUGACUUUAUUGGUGAUCGCUCAUUCAUACAUGCACGUCAUCGCUUGAUGCUGCAGUCAUCAAAUGAUGUGUGAAAUAGCCUAUCUGGGGCAGACUGCUUGGGUGCACUUCCCCAAUGCUACUCAUGUGCAGCGAAAAUAUUAGCUGAACAAUUUGUCCGAUGUAAGUAGCAUGAAAUAAAGCACUAAUGGACAUCUUGGUGUCCCAAAAAAAGAAAAUUCACAUAUCCCGUUACCUUCAUAGGCAAUUGACUCAGACACUGAGAUGAAGUCAUGUACACAAGGCCAUAAGAAAUUGCCUCAAUUCCAUGACAACAUUGCUCUCCUCUCCUUUUUUCUGUGAAGGCCCCUGGACAGCAAGUGUCACAUUCCCUUUCCUUGUCCUUGUUUCCAGCAAGAGCUGUUUUUACCUGAAGUUGUUGUUUUGGUUAUGAUUGAUCUUUCCUCCCUACAUAACCCCAUUUUGCCUAUGUCCCAGUUCUUUGGCGUCUUAGAUUAUAGCACUCAGUAUGUAAAUAAUGUAUAUAUGGUGAGAAAAGUUGGUAUUUGAGGUGUUUAAGAUACAAAGUUGUAACAACUAGUCAUUUGAAACCUGUGAUUUUUUUGUGCCAUUUUCUGUAAAGAUAUAAAUCAGAAUAAAACCGAACUAAAGAGGAGUAAAACUAA